AUGGGAACCAUUAUUGUUUAUGAGAUCGGGAGAGAACUCUUUAGAAUAACAGGCCACAAGGAAGCUGUAAACUCAUUGAAAUAUUCAGCCUCAGGACAACUCCUUGCAUCAGCUAGUGACGAUUGCAGUGUGAAAUUGUGGGAUGCCAGUUCAGGUGGAUUCCUGGGAUCAAUAAAUUAUCUGAACCCGCACACUACACGAGUCCUAGGCUUGAGCUGGAUGGGGUCACUACAGCGGCUGGUCACCUUGUCUAUAGACGAACUAGGCAUCUGGGAGAAGCCAGGCCAAGGUAUAAAAGUAACAAAACUGACACGUAACCGUCCCCCCAGCUGGAACUGUGUAUCGGCUACUGAGUCGUAUAUAGCUGCUGGAACAGUAGAGGACAAGAUGGUUAUCCUCUGGUCAGCACAAACCUGCGAGGUCGUUGCUGCUCUUCCUGGGCACACCAGUUACAUCAUUAAUAUGGACUUCUCAGAGGAUGGGAACUACUUGAGCAGUAUUAGUUCCGAGACUAUGAUAGUCUGGGCAGUUUGCAGUAUGGAGGAACAGGAUCAACUUCUCUCUCUAGGUCCUUCUCAUCAUACACGCUGGUUCAAGGGUGAAGUUAUGACAGCUGCGCCGGAUGACCGGAAUAGAAUGACCUUGUUGAAGAAUGGGAUUACACAGUUCACAUCUCCCCCUGAACCUCAUCCUAUCAGUGCACUCCAACUCAAUAUAGGCUGUGAUUUAGCUGUGUUUGGCACCUCUGAUGGGUGUGUGAAAGUGUUUAACACGGUAUCUAAUACUGUGACUCUGCUUGGGAAGCAUUCUUCAACUGUUCUCUCUCUAGCUGUAACAUCAAACUCAGUUGUAGUGUCAGGAGGAUUAGAUCAAACCGUGAGAAUAUUUCAUCAAGAUAGACCGGAAAUACUCUGCAAAGGGCACAAUAGCUUUGUCAGAGAUGUUCGGUUGAUUUGUGAUGAAAAACGAGUUCUCUCCUGUGAUAAAAAUGGUGUUCUAUGUGUUUGGAAUAUUGAAAAUGGAGAACAUCUUAAUAAAAUUCUUAAAGGUGAGACGGCUUUCUCUUCUGGAGUUGAUACUUGGGAGGGAGUUGGUCAGAGUCUAGUUGCUGUAGCAGGAGUCAAUGGUGGAGUUAAUGUUUUAGAUCUAGAUUGUGGUACUCUAGUUUCUAAUAUAGCUAGAAACUCUCCUGAGAUACGUGUAGCAAAGUUUAGUCCUGACGGGAAGGUUCUAGUGACCGGGCAUGACUCUGGAGAGGCCCAGGAGGAGUACGAUGAGGGUGUGGAUGUCAGAAAAUGGAAAGGUCCGAUGACCAUAGUUCAGGUGAUGAGGGUCAUUUGUGCAGAUAUUUGUACAGUGGUAUGCGUUUGUAUCACUAAAGUGAUAACGAUAGAAAGUCGUCAUCAUUGCAGUGAUGCAAACUGUAUAAAAACUUGUUUGGUGUUGUAUUUGGUGGCAGUUGCAUGCAUUAUUCUAUUAGGNCCCCCCCACGCCACUCUUUAA